AUGACGACCAACCUGGGCCAGUAUCCCAUCUUCAGUCCUCACCGAAACGGCUAUCGCCUAGGCCACGACAACCUCCCCGUCCGCUCGCUCCAGUUCCUCGCGUACAAGUGGGGGCCGUACUCUACCUGGCUGGCAGGCAUGGCCAUCGGUGACGAGUCGUACUUUGACCCCCGGCAGCGCAUGUUCAUGUGGCGCAUAGCGACCUGCGUGAGCGGUGCACGGAUUACGCGGGCCGACGGGGACGUGGUGGCCAUUCCAAGGGGGGUGUUUGAGCGUAUGGCGCGGGUCGAGAAGGAUGUGUACAUGCCUGCAUACAAGUUCAAGCUCGAGGCGCUGGCCGAGCGCCGGCGCAGUAUAUGCGGGUACGCUGCGUGGGCGACCCCGCCGCCAACAGAAGAGAUGCGCCAGGUGGCCCACGCGUUCGCCAACAUGCGCGUGCGGCAGGUCGAAGGUCUGAGCUCGCACGGGCCAGAGCAUGUGGGCCGGGCGGCGGCGCUCGCGCCCAGCUCGGGCACGCACGACGACUGCGAUGCGAGUUUCGUGGCCGAGGCGGAGCGACUGCAGGCCGACCGGGCGAUCGCGGAGGAGGCGGAGGAGGAGGAGGAGGAGUGA